AAAAUUUUUUUUUGUAGAAUUAGGGGUUUCUUGGUUUUAGUGUGCGUAUAUUUUGUAUGUAAGAAGUACAAUUUGCAUAUUUGUCUAAUUUAGAUUUUAAGGAUUAAUUUUAUUAUGGUUGAAAUGAAUGUGAAGAAUGAGGUUUUACUUAUCAUGCUUUAUGAGGAAAAGAUGCAAAUUUUAGGAUUUGAAUUUAUUUAUUCAAGUUAAUUUCGUACUAUCUAGCUAUGUUGCUCGAACUUUCAAAAAACGCCAAUGGGUGUGUGUUGAAUUCUCCAGAAAAUAGUGUAUUUUUAAAGAAUUCGGCAGUGGUACGGUAUUUUGGAGAAUUUGACAUCGAUAUGGAAAGGGAAGAAUUCAUGAACUUAGCUAUCUAGAUGCAGAUGUGCUCACGCAACGUGAGGACGAGGUUUUGAAUUGUACUAUGCUGGAUACAGAAUUCCUUGCUUAUGAGAACCAAGAUGAGGAAGCUGUUGCAAUUGCUGAGGAAUCUUCAUCCGGUGUUGAGAUGACUACAGAUCACCCGGGUGGUGGCGUUGCUUCUAAGAGCACUGACUCAUUCACAUACUUGAACUCUGCAGCUGCGCUUUCAGUGAAAACUAUACGCAUCAAUUCUGCUAUUUUGGCCGCACAGAGUCCAUUCUUUUACAAGCUAUUCUCCAAUGGCAUGAGAGAGUCAGAGUCAGAGAAGCAGCUUGUUACUGUACAAAUCUAUGCCUCGGAAGAAGCUGCCUUCAUAAAGUUGCUACAAUUCAUGUAUAGCAAUACUUUGUCUACGAUAACAGCUACUGCUAUGCUUGAUGUGCUUAUGGCUGCUGACAAAUUUGAGGUUGCAUCAUGCAUGAGACACUGCAGCCGUUUAUUGCUCAAUCUUCCCAUGACAUGUGAAUCAGCUUCGCUAUUUUUGAAUCUUCCUUCUAGUGUUUCUAUUACUGAUGCAGUUCAGCCACUGCUAGAUGCUGCAAAACAGUUUCUUGCUGCACAUUUCAAGGAUAUCACCAAGUUCCAAGUAGAGGUAUUGAACUUACCUAUUGCGGGAUUUGAGGCUGUUCUCUGCAAUGACGAUCUUCAGGUUGCUUCAGAGGAUGUUGUCUAUGACUUUGUUUUAAAGUGGGCUCGAACCCAUUACCCAAACUUGGAAGAAAGACGUGAAAUAUUGGGGUCGCGUCUUUGUCACCUCAUUCGUUUUCCAUACAUGACAUGCAGCAAGCUGAGGAAAGUUCUAACUUGUAAUGAUUUUGAUCCUGAACUAGCUUCCAAGAAUGUAUUGGGGGCUUUAUUUUUCAAAGCUGAAGCACCGCACCGGCAGCGUUUGCUUGUUGCUGAGGAGGGCAAUGCAUCAUGUAGUAGUUUUGUGGAGCGUGCUUACAAGUUUAGACCAAUUAAAGUUGUCAAUUUUGAACUUCCCUUUCAGCAUUGUAUCGUUUACCUAGAUUUAAAACGGCAAGAGUGUAAUAAUCUCUUUCCUGCUGGUAGAAUUUACUCACAGGCUUUCCAUUUGGGUGGACAGGUUUUUCACCUAUCAGCUCAUUGUAACAUGGAUCAACAGAAUUCAUUCCAUUGGUUUGGAAUGUUCUUAAGCAUGCAAGAGAAGGGGUUAGAGACAUUUACAGUUGAUUUUGACUUUGCAGCUUUGACAACCCUAUCUGAGGACUAUCUGAGCAGAUAUAAGGGGAGCCACACAUUCACUCGCGGCAAGGGUGAUGGCUUCAGGAACCUGGUUGGCAUACCUUGGACUACUUUUAUAGCUGAGGGUAGUGUAUACUUCAUCAAUGGAAUUCUCCGUGUUCGAGCUGUGCUUACUGUCCGACAAUGAGCUUUUACUUACUAACAGAAGGACUUUGCUUGCAGCCAUACUGGACUUUUUAGAUGUCAAGAGGGCUUUAAGAAUGAAUGCUAACUGAAAGAUAUUAACCAGCCAAAGGUCUGUUAAAAGGUUUCAAUUGUAUAUUCAUCUUACUUGAAGAAGUUUCAGUGUUGUAUGUGCACUGCUGCUGUAUGUUACUGAAACUCACAGACUCAGUUAGCUUCAUCUGCUUCACAUUGUACUGGCUUUUUGACUUGUCAACCUUUUUCAAGGAAAUAGUAGUUAAAGCCUAAAGGAACCAUGGUUGUCGUUUGUUUGGUGUAUGAGAUAGACAAGGAUAUUUCA